GUUGUUACUCCACCUUGCUUAAUAAAGUGUAUGUGGCAGAGAACAUAAAGAAAUGUUGUCAGUGUCAUGCCCUAUAAAAUGCAAAAAAGAAGGUGGCCAAUGCUGAAAGGGGGGACCAGACAAUUUGAUUUCUCCUUUUUUCCAUAACGAGUUUCCGUGUCUAUGUGGGAAUUUAAGAAAAAAACAACAAACAAACAAACAAAAAAACAAAAAAACCCCACCAUAAAUUCCCAGAGGCAUCUAAUUAAAUAUUCUCUUCACCUCCUCCCCCUCAUUCAUUCGCUGUUUCUUUCAAUGGGCAGGGUCCCAUGACGACCAUCGUGGAAGACAAGCAUCCUCUUCAGCAGCCGCACCUCGCCAUAGCAACCGUCACGUCAGCGCCGGCAGCCAAACCCGGCGGCGGGCCGAGGGACAGCCCUGCCCCCGGGGCUGCCCUCCCCUGCCCCCUGGGGCCUUGCGGCGGGGAGAACGGGGGCCGUGAAGGGAACGGGGGGCUACAGAGAGCCCCGCCGCUACGGGGUGGUGGGGACGGCACCCGACGCGUCCCGGUGCCCGCCCCGUCGGGGUCCGGGCGGCUCGCCGCUGUCCGUGGUGCUGACCGGCCCAGCGCCGCCGGGCACCGACGGGGCGGAGGGUGGGCACCCUGCAGGGAGAGGGGAGAAGAGAGAGGAGGCGGCGGGCUUCUGGGGAGGUCCUGGGGCGUCUGAGUGCUGAGGAGGGACUGCCACAUGAUCCGCAUCCCACAUGACACAGAAAGAAACUGGUGGCAGCAGCCAGCCCCGAAAAACGUCAUCUUUUCCUCCGUCAAAGAAGAGGGGUAGAAUACCCCAUCCCUCCCCCUCAGCCAGAUUCGCAGCUAUUCAGGAAGAGGCAGGCACAGAUGUGAAUAUACUGUGCGGUUUCCAGUAUGAUUGGCACCCGCCCAGAGGUGCCUCCACUUGGGAUAACAAGCAGAGAAAGGACGAGACCGGCGCCUCUGGGAUUAUGCUUUGGAGCAGCCUGAGCAAAAGACGUGGCCAUGAUUGCUCACAGCAUGGAUAACAACAGCGGUACUGUUGUUCUCCCUACCUUCCUGCUUCUGCUGCAGAGUGAGAGCUACUCGAACAGCCCCAUCCCCUCUGCUGGCUAUGAGAUGACAGCAUCACCCACAGGACCCAGCUCAAGCAGGAACCGCACUGCCUCGCUGUAUGACCUGCAGCAGGGGGAAAUUACAGCAGCCAGCAUGGUUUUGGGAGCGCUGUGGCUGGUGUCCCUCGUUGGAAACUCCCUCGUUUGCUUAGUGAUCCAUCGGAGCAGGAGGACGCAAUCCACCACCAACUAUUUUGUUGUCUCCAUGGCUUGUGCAGACCUGCUGACUAGUGUCACAAGCGUGCCCUUUGUGCUGCUUCAGUUCACCUAUGGCAGGUGGACACUGGGGAACUCAAUGUGCAAGCUGGUAAGGUACAUCCAGCACAUCACCCCUGGAGUCCAGAUAUAUGUGCUCCUCUCUAUAUGUGUGGAUAGAUUCUACACUAUCGUUUACCCCCUGAGCUUCAAAGUGUCCAGGGAGAAAGCCAAGAAAAUGAUUCUGGCCUCUUGGCUCUUUGAGGCUGCAUUUGCAUCACCGGCUUUCCUUUUCUACAGCUCCAACAGUGACGACCACUGCAACUUUUUUCUCCCCAGAUCUUGGGAAGGAGUUACCUAUGGUGUCAUCCGCCUCUUGGUGGUGUUUUUGAUGCCGUCUACCCUCAUUGUCUUCUUCUACCAGAGGGUCAUCAAGUACAUUUGGAGAAUAGGCACUGAUGGCAGGACUGUCAGGAGGACAACAAAUACUGUUCCGAGAGCAAAAGUGAAAACCAUCAAAAUGUUCUUAAUGCUAAACUCAGUCUUUCUCCUCUCCUGGCUCCCUUUCUACAUGGUACAGCUGUGGCACCCACAGGAAAUCAACUACAGAAAAAGCUCCCUGGUUUUCCUGUUCAUCACCUGGAUCUCCUUCAGUUCUUCAGCCGCUAAGCCAACCAUCUACUCCGUGUAUAAUGCAAACUUCAGAAGAGGGAUGAAAGAAACUUUCUGCAUGUCUGCCAUGAAAUGUUACAGAAGUAAUGCAUACACCAUCACCACCAGUUCCAGAAUAGCCAAAAAGAAUCAUGUUGGGAUCGCAGAUAUCCCAGCUCCAGCCAAAACUGUCAUGAAAGACUCCAUCUAUGAUGCUUUUAACAGAGAAGAAAAGGAAAAAAAGGUUGCCUGGCCUAUUCAGUCCAAUCCCCCCAAUACAUUUGUCUAGUUGGCUGCAUUGCUUUGAAGAAACUACCAUGUACCCACAGAACAAGGAGCUUUAUAUCCUUUCUGAAUAUUGAUGUAUAUUUACAUAUUUUUAACACAGAUUUGGGGAAGAAGACAAGAUGUUUUAUUUUAUUAAAUGCCUUGAUUUUGA